UCAGUGACACACGGGUUCCUUUGCCUUUUAAUGGUCGUGUGUUAUAAUACAGAGAGUGCCUGCAGAAAGCAAAAGCCUGUAUUUUCUCCCCCACGAGACGGCCACGCUGACGUGUAGAUCUGCGGAGCAUGGUGGGGUGAAGACACGGCUGAAUCGUGAAGGUGUGCUCUCGCGUCUCGGUGCAGUAUCGUGAAGCGUGUUGUAAGCCGAGAUUCGCAUAUGCGCAUAAGAACGAGCGGAGAGGAGCGGAGCAGCGAUUAGCUUUGCCGGCGCUAGAGCGCUGCAGUGAUUCCUGGAGGCUGCAAGUGUCGCUGUCUGCUCACGAUGGGCCGCUCGGCAGCCCGAGAGCGCGAGAAGAGAAGCGAGCCCGAGAGAGAGGAGCCGCCGGAGUGCAAGGACAGCGCAGGAAAGAGCAGGGUGCGGUCGGAGCCGGCUUGUGCUGUUGGCAGUGGAGAUUCAGCCGGGAGGAGAGCGGCGGAAGCGGUGGCCCGAGCUUUGAAAUGUGGCCGCGAGAGAGGCGCCGGGACCGCCGAGGGCGAGCGCUGCUGUGGUGCGCCUGGGUGGCAGCGUGGGUGCUGGCGCGGGGGCAGCUGCGCUACUCGGUGCCCGAGGAGAUGCAGAAGGGCUCUUUCGUGGGCGACGUGGCCAAGGACCUGGCGCUGGAGCUGGCGGCGCUCCGCGACCGCGGCGCCCGCAUCGUAGACACAGAUAGGAGUCAGUAUUUUGCUCUGCAUGAGAAGACCGGCCAUUUAGUGACGGCGGCACGGAUAGACAGAGAGCAAGUGUGUCGGCUGCUGGAGACGUGCCUGAUCCAUUUGCAGAUUCUGAUACAGAAUAAAGCCCAUCUUUAUACUGUGGAAAUAGAAAUCACUGACCUGAAUGACAAUGCUCCCACAUUCCAGCAAGAUAAACUGCAGGUUCGAAUCAGUGAAACAGCAGCCGUGGGAACACGGUUCCAACUGGAAGAAGCACAAGACGCAGACGUGGGUGUGAAUGCCCUGCAGCGCUACGAGCUGAGCGGCGACGAGCACUUUGCUCUCGAUGUGCUGGUGGCACCAGACGGCUCGAAGUAUGCGGAGCUGGUGCUGGCGAAGGCGCUGGACCGGGAGGAAAGCACCAUUCACGACCUGGUGCUCAGGGCAAUGGACGGCGGGGAGCCGGUGCGCACGGGAACAGCGCGGAUCCGCGUGGUCGUGCUGGAUGCAAAUGACAAUGCGCCGGUGUUCAGCCAGGCGGUGUACACAGUGCGUGUGCGGGAGGACGUGCCCAUGAGGUCAUGGCUGCUCACUGUGAACGCCACGGAUGCAGAUGAGGGCACCAAUGCAGAGCUGACCUACUCGUUGCGCAGAACGCCCGGUGAAGCAUCAUGCAUCUUCCAGGUGGACGCCCACACUGGGGAUGUUACAGCCAUAGGGACGCUGGACUAUGAGGAAGCGGCUCUGUAUGAGCUGGAGGUGCAGGCAAAGGAUGGUGGGGACCUCUCAGCCAGGGCAAAAGUCCUGGUGAGUGUGAUUGAUGUGAAUGACAACGCACCUCUAAUCACAGUGACAUCUGUUGUGAGCUCCAUGUCCGAGGACAGCCCCCCGGGGACUGUUAUCGCUUUUAUAAAUGUGAAAGAUGCAGAUUCAGAGGCCAAUGGGGAGGUCAGGCUGUCCCUCCCAGACAGGCUGCCAUUUCGCCUAGAGAAGUCCUCUGAGGACUACUACAGUGUGGUGACGGCGAGGGAGCUGGACCGCGAGGAGGUGUCGGAGUACAACGUGAUGGUGCGGGCGACGGACAGCGGGUCGCCGGCGCUGUGGAGCAGCACGGUGCUGCCGCUGCGGGUGCUGGACGUGAACGACAAUGCGCCGGUGUUCGCGGAGGCGCGCUACAGUGCCCAGCUGCGCGAGAACAACGCCAAGGGCGUGCUGGUGCUGUGGGUGCGGGCGGCGGACGCGGACUGGGGGCAGAACGCGCGCGUGCGGUACCGGCUGUGGGAGGGGCAGGUGCGGGGCGCGCCGCUCUCGUCGUACGUGUCGGUGAACGCGGAGACGGGCGCGCUGUACGUGCUGCGCUCCUUCGACUACGAGGAGGUGCGCGAGGUGGGGCUGUGGGUGCAGGCGGAGGACGGGGGCACGCCGGCGCUGAGCAGCAACGUGUCGGUGCGGCUCUUCAUCGUGGACGAGAACGACAAUGCGCCGCAGGUGCUGUACCCGCCACCGGUGGCAGCAGCAGCAGCGGGUCCGGGCUUGGGCUGGACAGGCAUGGAGCUGGCACCGCGCUCGGCGGAGCCCGGGGCGCUAGUGGCCAAGGUGGUGGCGGUGGACGCAGACUCGGGGCAGAACGCGUGGCUCUCCUACGAGCUGACCAAGGCCACGGAGCCGGGGCUCUUCCACGUGGGGCUGCACAGCGGCGAGGUGCGCACGGCGCGGUCCCCGCUGGCGCGUGACGCGCUGCGGCAGAGCCUGGUGGUGGUGGUGAAGGACCACGGGCGGCCGGCGCUGUCGGCCACGGCCACGCUGACGGUGGUGCUGGCCGAGAGCGUGGCCGAGCUGCUCUCGGAGCUGGGCAGUGCGGCGGCGCCGGGCGAUCCCCCCGGCAGCCUGGCGCGCUGGCUGGUGGUGGCUGUGGCGGCCGUGUGCUGCCUCUUCCUCGCCUUCCUGCUGGCACUGCUGGCGCUGCACAUGCGGCACUGGCGCCGCUCACGGCUGCUGGCGGCGGGUGGCGGCGCCUUGCGCGCCGUCCCAGCCUCGCCCUUCGUGGGCAUCGAUGGCGUCCGCGCCUUCCUGCACUCCUACUCGCACGAGGUCUCGCUCACGGCCGGCUCGUGCAAGAGCCAGCUCCGCUCCCCAGGUGCCAGCUGCUCCAACACGCUCACGCCCGUGCCACCGCCCGACCAGUGCGCCGCGCUGCUGCCCCAGGAGCCCUCGAGCACCGCUGGCCACAGCGGAGACACCCUGCUGACAGUGGUGACGUUAGAAGAAGAGGUAAGCCUCCCGCGGGGCGGCUGCUCGCUCGCGCAGUGCCCGCCUCGGAGCCGGAAGAGCGGAGCGGAGCAGGGGCGGACUGGGUCUCGCCGCGCCGGUCGACCUGUGAGCCAGCUGCGGGGGAUCUGCAGAGCAGGGCGGCGUCGGAGGACGGGAGGCGAGGCGCGGCGAAGGCGGCGAGCGGUGGGGAUGGGAGCGAGGCAGGGAGCGCAGCGGCGGGCAGCAGCCAGGCACGUCGCGCUGCUGGCCGUGCUGCUGCCGGUGUGCUGCCGGGCGGCGCCGGAGCGGCUGCGCUAUGCGGUUCCCGAGGAGACGGGCAGCGGCUCCCUGGUGGGGCCGCUGGCGCGGGACCUGGGGCUGAGCCCGGCAGACCUGCCGGCGCGGCAGCUGCGGCUGGUCUCGGCGGCUAAAAGGCAGCUGAAACACUUCGCGGUGGGCGCGGAGAACGGGCACCUGUACGUGAGCGAGAGGCUGGACCGGGAGGAGAUGUGCGGCGACUCCGCGUCCUGCUCGGUCAGUUUCGAGGUGGUGCUGCAGAACCCGCUCAACGUUUUCCACGUCGACGUGGCCAUCCAGGACAUCAAUGACAACUCGCCGGUCUUCAGCAAGGCAGCUCUCGCUCUGGAGAUCGCGGAAUGGACUGUUCCUGGUGCGCGGUUUCCGCUGGAGAUGGCGCAAGAUCCGGAUGUGGGAAGCAACUCGCUGCUCAGCUACCAGCUCACUGACAGCCCCUCCUUCUCGCUGGCAGUGAAGGAGAGCCCGGAUGGAAGCAGGCAGCCCGAGCUGGUGUUAGAAGCAGCUUUGGAUCGUGAGAAGCAGAGCUCCUUCCAGAUGGUGCUGACGGCGGUGGACGGCGGGUCUCCGGCGAGGUCGGGCACGGUGCAGAUUCGCAUCACCGUGACAGACGCGAAUGACAACGCGCCCGUGUUCAGCAAAAGCGCCUACGAGGCGCGAGUGCGGGAGAACGCGCCGGCGGGGUCGCUGGUGCUGCGGGUGCGAGCCACGGACGCGGAUGCGGGCUCCAACGGCCGCGUCUCCUACGCCUUCAGCAACGUGCCCGAGGCUGUCCGCGCUGUCUUCAGCAUAGACAGCGACAGCGGCGACAUCCGAAACGAAGGGACUCUGGAUUUCGAGGAGAGGAAUAGAUACAGCUUCGGCGUGGAAGCGAGGGACGGGGGCGGGCUCAGCGGUCACUGCAAAGUCCUCGUAGAGGUCACAGACGAGAACGACAACGCGCCCGAGAUAACGCCGCUGUCGGUGUCGAGCCCGGUGCCCGAGGACUCCCCGCCCGGCACCGUCGUCGCCCUCGUCAACGUGCACGACGCGGACUCUGGCGACAACGGGAAGGUGCGGUGCGAGCUGGAGGGCGAGUCGCCGUUCGCCAUCGUGGCGUCGUCGGGCAGCUCGUACAAGGUGGUGACGGCGAGCGCGCUGGACAGGGAGCGGGCGGCCGAGCACAACGUGACGGUGGUGGCGAGCGACGGCGGGAGCCCGGCGCUCUGCAGCCGCACGACGCUGGCGCUGGCCGUGUCGGACGUGAACGACAACGCGCCGGUGUUCGAGGAAGCGGCCUACAGCGCCUACGUGGCGGAGAACAACGCGGCGGGCGCGGCGGUGCUGCGCGUCCGCGCGCGGGACGCGGACGCGGGCGCCAACGGGCGCGUGAGCUACUGGCUGGCGGGCGGCAGCGCGGGCGAGGCGGCGGCGGCGCCCUACGUGUCGGUGGAGGCGCGGAGCGGCGCGCUGUACGCGCAGCGCUCCUUCGACUACGAGCAGUGCCGCGAGUUCGCCGUGGAGGUGAGGGCGCAGGACGGCGGGUCGCCGGCGCGCAGCUCGACGGCGACGGUGCGCGUCUUCGUGCUGGACCUCAACGACAACGCGCCGCAGGUGCUGUGGCCGGCGGCGGCGGCGAGCCCCGGCGCGGGCCCGUUCGAGGUGGUGCCGCGGUCGGCCGAGGCGGGCUACCUGGUGGCCAAGGUGGUGGCGGUGGACGCGGACGCGGGGCGCAACGCGUGGCUGUCGUACGAGCUGCUGCAGGCGACGGAGCCGGCGCUCUUCCGGCUGGGGCUGCACAGCGGCGAGGUGCGGACGGCGCGGGCCGUGUCGGAGCGCGACGCGGCCCGGCAGCGCCUCGUGGUGGUGGUGAAGGACCACGGGCAGCCGGCGCUGUCGGCCACGGCCACGCUGCACGUGGUGCUGGCCGAGAGCUUGCAGGAGGCGCUGCCGGCGCUGAGCGAGCGGGCGGCGGGCGCCGAGUCGCCGGCGGAUUUGCAGUUCUACCUGGUGCUGGCGCUGGCGCUGCUCUGCGCCUUGUUCGUGCUGAGCGUGGCGCUGGCCGUGGCGGCGCGGGUGCGGCGCGCCGGGCCGCCCGCCGUCCUGCGCUGCCUGGGCGUCGAGCGCUUCGCCGCCGCCGGCCCCGCCUUCCCGGCCGACUUCUGCGAGGGCACCUUGCCCUACUCCUACAACCUGUGCGUGGCGCCGGGCCGCGCCGUCGCCGAGUGCGCCUUGCUGCCGGCCCCGCUCCCCAGCCGCGCCGUCGACGAUCUUCUCAGCGGCGACCCGCCCGCGAUGCUGACGCCCAGCAGCAGCCGUGCCCCGGCAGAGCCGCCGUCGCACCCCGACGCAGUGCAGGUCUGUAAGCCGACCCCAGCCCUCUUCUCGCACCCUUCCUUAUCUUCACACCCCCCGCGUCUGCUCGUUUGUAGUUUUCGUAAGCUUUAGCAGCCUGUGCUGCUUCUCCUCGAUUGUAUUUGCAUCUUAACGAGGAAAGGGGAGCGCCUGUUGAGGCGAAUGGAUGAACGGACGAAUGACUGAGAACAAGCAACACUCCGGUGACGCCUUGCUUUUAGGAGCAGCAAGUGCUCCCGUAGGGUUCUUCUGCUCACAGUUUGGGAGGUAUGCCG